UUGUAAAGUCGGAGAUCUAGGAUUAUCACGACCUACGAAUGAUAUCUCACCGGAUAAUGAAAUAUAUGGAGUGAUACCUUAUAUUGCACCAGAAAUAUUUAAAGGGUCUGCAUUUUCUAAAGAAUCUGAUAUUUAUAGCCUGGGUAUGAUUAUGUGGGAACUGACAACAGGUUGUAAGCCUUUUGCUAAUUUUGAACAUGAUCAUAGUCUUAUUUAUAAAAUUAUUGAUGGUGUACGACCUGAAAUUACAAAAGACACACCAGAAUUCUAUGCUAAUUUAAUGAAAAGAUGUUGGGAUCCUGAUCCCAAAAAAAGACCUUCUAUAAAUGAUAUUUAUGAUAUUAGUAGCAAAUGUGUUAUAUUAAUUGAUCAAUCAUUCAAUAAACAAUUUGAUCAAGCUGAAUUAAUAAGGGAAGAGUUAAUAGAUUCAAAGAAGCUUGGUCCUGAGUUCAGUGAAAAGCCUCAUCCAAAAGCUAUUUAUACAAGCAGAUCAUUAAACUCAUACAUUUCCAAAUGUUCAUCUAUAUUUUCUAAAUGUUCAUCAAUAAGUUUUACAUCAAAUGAUUACACUUCGGAAGAAUUAAAAUUAGAUAUAGAUAUUGAAAGUGGACUCAAUUAAGAGAAAUAUUGAAGAAUUAAAUAUUAAUUCUUGUGAAUAUAAUGGAAAACGCAUUAAAAAUUUAUUUUCAGUUAUUUAUG